AUGUCGUUAGGCGAAGAUAUCAAGCGUGAGUCUCCGUCUACGAAUCGUCGGUUUCUUAUUGUUCCAUUGUUUAAUCCUGAACGUCGGCAUUCAUGGGGAAACGUUGUUUCACAUUUAUCUACACGAGAUGCUGAUAAGUCAAUCACGAGUGUCACCAAUAGUCCCCCACCGCCGGUCAUUUCGAUCACACGAUCGUCAUCAUCGUCGGAGAUCUUAUCGCCUUCUGUUCGUCGGUUUCUCGUUGAACGCGAACAAAAAGUUACUCAAAUAGCGCCACAAUCGACUACCUCAUUUUCUUCUAACACUACACGUUCCUUUCCAUUUCGAUGUUGCGGUCAGAAAAAACCUUCUCCUCACGUCAAAUCAAUCGAACAAACGACAACGAUUGGUUAUACACGCCGAAAGAGUUCCACGCCAAGUAUUUCAUCGAGUCGUCCUUCAGCGACCAUUGUACGAAAUCAUCGAAAAACAACUACAAAAAAUUUAAUCACAUCAUCAUCAUCGUCGACAACAAUAGCAACGUUAACAAAAUCGACGAAGAAACGUCGACGGCGCGGAGGAAUGGCUUCAGCUUGUACUUCAUGCGUUUCAUCGAGCCAUAAUCGUCGACGAAGUUCAAUCGCACUUGAUGAAGUCACACCGACUCUUCCUGCGUCAUCUUCUUCCCACUCUCCUAUAUCUUCUCAAACUCCGCCUCUAUUAGCUCGUCUCGGGCAGAUUAUAUUAAGACGACGAAUAGUUGGUGGUACCAAUGCGAAUAAUACUAAUACUAAUAGUACUAUAGUCAAUAGCAAAAUCAGGUAA